AUGGGGGAAUUGGCUUACCAUCAGUAUCGAGCAGCAUGUAAAAUUGCGGAUAAAGCUAAACUGCUAAAAAAAACAGCGGCAGUGCUUUUAUUAGUGAAUUCAAACGAUGUUACGCAACAAGAGUUAGACGAAGCAAAAAAAAUAUUUGCUAAAGUUAAUGGUGGAAGAGAAAAAAUAGAAAAGAAUGAAGAUGGUGUUUCUUCCAAUUCAAGUGCUGAUAUUAAAUUAGAGAAAAUUAUUCAGAAUACAUUAGUCAAUACUGCUGCUGAAUUAUUUACUAAAGUGGAACGUAGUUUGGUUUGUUAUCAAACAUCAUAUAAAGAAAUUUUGCGUGCAAAAAGGCAUGCAGUUGCGUAUAAAGCUAAAGGAGCCGCAGUUAGUGGAGUUGGAGUUGGAGUAGGAACAUUAACAUUAGUAGCUGCCGGAACAAAUAUUUACAAUGCAGUGUUUGUGACUGGAAUUGCUUCUCUGGGUGGGCCGUUUGGGAUAGUAGCAGGAGUAGCUUGUCUUGGUGUUGGGUGUUAUUAUGGUCUUGAUCUGUUUAAAAAAGGUCAGGAGAUGUUCAAAGAGCCAACAGUUCGAGAAAAUCUCAAUGAAAUCAUGAAAAAAGCGUUAAGUGCAUAUGAUGAUGAAAAAUACCAAGAAUUUAUCCAUGCGCUUUCUGAGGAAUAUGAUGGUAGUGGUAAAAUAAAAAUCAAAGGUGUUACACAUGCAGCUUUGAAAUCCGAUGCAAAAAAAACUUUUCAACUGGCACUAAAUGACGAACUUGUGAAGGAGGUAAAAGGAUUAGACAAACAGACCAGCGAAUUGCGCAGGCAAGGAAUCUAUGGAUUUUUUAAAGGUGCCUGCGGUAAACUUAAAGAUUCUAUGUUAUCGAAAGAGCGUACAAGAUUAGCUUUAGAAUAUCUACAAGACUCUCUAGAAAUGCCCUUUUUUUCAAGACUUGAAGAAAUACGUAAUAUUGCAAGAAUCAAUAUUACAAUCCUUAAUAUAAUGGAACGUGCUGCGGACGCAUAUCAAGAGGCAAUAGAAGCUGUUGAAGAAGUUCGAAAAUCUGUAAGAGAAAAUUAUCAAUUUGUUAGCAAAGUUAAAUUACGUUUAGAAACCUUGGAGGAUUUCUUGUGGAUAAUUAGUGGUGAUGAACUAUCUGAUACCAACACACCUCUCUUUAUCACAUUUCCCGAUGAGACAAAGUCAGCUUCAGUAUUGGACGAUAAAUAUAUUAAUUAUUUGAAUAAUCAACAGUCUUUCAAUCAAGAUAAAUAUUACAAAGCGAUUUACUUUGAACGUUUGGCUGAAAAAGAAGCUAAAAUUAAUAAGUUAAACAGUUUAUGUCAUUGGCAAUCUGCCCAAGAAAUCUAUAACAUUGCACGUGAACUAAACCCUGACAAUCCGACUUAUUCCCUUGGAUAUGCAAGAUGCUUACUAAAAUUAUCUAAAUACACUCAAGUUAUCGAACUUUCUGAUGCAUGUCCAGCAUUAAAUUCUUUGUCAGAAUAUUGGUAUUUACGUAGUGUAGCUUAUUUUAAACAAAAAAAGUAUGUAGAUGCUAUGAUAUGCAAUUCUGAGGCACUAAGCUUGGAUCCUGGAAAUAAUUCGGCCGGUUAUGUGAAAAAUUCUCACAGUGAUGAGAGUCCUGUCUACAAUAUUCUAUCAAUUGAUGGUGGAGGAAUACGUGGGGUAUUACCUGCUUUGUGGCUUAGCGAGAUAGAAUAUCGAACUCAUAGACCUAUUUGUCACCUAUUCAAUAUGAUAGCUGGAACAUCGACUGGUGGGAUCAUUGCUGCUGGAUUGUCGGCACCAAAAUUUUUCGACGAAACAAGAUUAAGCAAUUCUCUUACUGAAUUGGUUAUUCCUGCCGCAAAUGAAAGUUACUCGAUAAUGCCGCAUUUAUUUACCCGUUAUGAUGCUCGUAAAAAUAACAAGAAUGAAGAAGUAAAUGACACUUAUGUUAACAUAUUAAUGGCAACAACAGCUGCACCUACACUUUUUCCACCUCAUAAAAUCGCAUCAACUGCAUGUAAUGAAGCUAUCCGAUAUAAUGUGUCAGAGGAAAAGAUCUCUGUGCUUUCUCUAGGUUCAGGAUGCUACUUACCAGAUCCUCAAAACCCUGAUCAAUAUAGAAAUCUACUUUUUUGGGCACAAAAUCUUCCAAAAUUGAUGAUAUCUGCGCAAGAAGGUAACACGGACCGUGAAAUGUACAAUAAGUUAAAAAAUCGCUAUCAACGAUGGCAAGUCUUUUUUGAAGAACCCGUAGGAAUAGAUGACCAUGAAAGUAUUUCUAGUCUUUUAGAAUUAGGCUAUCAAUAUAUAGAAGAACUUGAUUGUUCCGAUGAAAAUCCUAUCAAUACAUUGGCAGAAUCUUUGAUCUCUAGAGUUUAA